AACAGGAAGUAAUAUCACAAGUCAUUUUAUCUAAAUAAAUUUAAUACACAACGAAUUGUGUGCUCUUAAAUAAAUAUUCAAUAGUCGAAAUUGCCAUCCAUUGUAUAUCGCAUACAUUUAGAUUUGGGAUUUUACAUUUGUUUCACGCUUUUUACAAGUCGAAAAUACUAAGGCGAUAUAUGGUUACGUCUUAAAUCUCUCGUUACGCCCUACUUAGGCAGCUUAUGUAGUCAACAUAUAAAGUAACUCGUACACACUUAGUAGUGCACUAAACGAGGAUAGCUUUGCUGUUUGUUAUUCGGCCACCGGUCUUGUAGAGUGACGUUAGCAUGGCAAAGCCUGAAUUCAUUUCAGAAGAGAUUCAGAGGUACAUUGUGAAAGAAGCUCCACCGACUGUGUACUACAUCCCUGAGUUUAUAUCAGAAGCAGAAGAGGAGUAUCUCAUACAGCAGGUGUACAAUGCUCCCAAACCUAAAUGGACACAGCUGUCAGGAAGGAGGCUGCAGAACUGGGGAGGUCUUCCACAUCCGAAGGGGAUGAUCGCAGAGAAACUGCCGGACUGGCUACUGAGAUACACGGAGAAGAUCUCAGGCCUCGGAGCGUUUGAUGGGAAAAGCGCCAAUCAUGUGCUGGUGAACGAGUACAGACCAGAGGAGGGAAUCAUGCCUCAUGAAGAUGGGCCUCUGUACCACCCCACAGUAACGACCAUCACUCUAGGUUCUCACACGCUGCUUGACUUCUACAGACCCGUCGAUCAAACGCAGACUGACGUUCCUCAGACAGAGGAGAGCCGCUACGUGAUGUCGUUGUUGCUGCGGCGUCGCAGUCUCCUGAUCCUGCAGGAUGAGUUGUACAAGCGAUACCUUCACGGGAUCAGCGGCGUCGCUAUGGAUACGCUAACAGAACGUGUGGCGAACCUGUCGAUAGCAGGAGGGCGGGUGGGCGAGACCCUAUCCCGCGAAACCAGAAUCUCCCUUACCAUCCGGCACGUGCCCAAAGUCUGCCGCGCCAACCUGCUGCUCGCCAGGAAGUGACACGAUCAUCACAGAGCUGCUCAGACCAGGAAGUGACUCUCUCUCGCUCUCUCACAGAGCCGGUGUGACACAUGUCCGACUAUAAAGCGACACGCUUGGACACAUGGGCAUCCAAGUAGCGAGCAGGAAGGGACGUGACUUGAUGUGACAGGACUCGUAUUUCAGGAACUGUCUACCUGCCCAGAUUAAAAAAAAAAGAAUUUCUAAUAAACUAAUUAUGUCUGUUGCUGUGAGGUUUCCGGUGCAAUUCUGCUUCUGAUUCAGAUUCGUUCACGUUCGUUUGUUCCACCGCGGGCGCCACCCUCGUGUCAUCUGGAGAAGGGGUUUAACAUUUUAGGACUUUUCUAGUUUUCAGGUUGUCCAGAUUUCGGCUACCUUAACUACCAUCUAAAUCCUAAAAUUGUACUACAACUCUGCUGCAGGAUCAUCUCUUCCCUUAUUCAGUUUAAUACCUUUAACAAUUCUACAGAACUUAAAGGUGUGUCAUUUCGUUAAAAAGAAAUACAACAUGCUAUAGCCACAAUUUUACACUUCACCUUAGAAAAACUUUGAUUCGCCACAUUCCCAUGCUGUAGUCCCUUUGUUUCGUACAUCUUUUCAUACUGUAUAUUGUUUCAUUUUUUUUCCUGGCCCAGCAUUAAGCUCCGCCCUCAUAUGAUUCACACAUUCAAGGUGUUUUUAUCGCAAGACCGUUGAGGACGUUGGAUUAAUAUUAACAACUGCCCCUUUAAUAUUUACACUGCCUUCAUAAGUUCUUCCUUCACUAAAACCUUUUUCUUUUUGCCACGCCCACAGUUCCUUAAAUAACUUUUACACGCAGGACCUUCCUUCCCCUCACACUUCAUCAUCUCUCUCUGGCCGUCAACUUUCACAGCUUUUUCUUGUGAUGCUCGUUUGCAUUAACAACUUUAGUUAUUAUUGAGUUUCUGAAAAUUAUUAGAGACAAAUACAGUCGGGUUCAUCGCAGCCAUUUUCAUACAUACACACACACACACACACACCCCAUCACGGGACUCUAACAUAAUUACAAACAUAAGGAUUUCCUUUAAUACUUGGACAGAAAUCCUUUGCAGUCAUCAUCUGGAGCCCUUGGACAUGACCAAAUGCUGAGUUCCCCCCCUCGAGGUACUUCGCCUUUGCUUUACAGCCUUCAGCUGUAAGUGAAAUGCUUUAUUAGUUUGAAACUGAAGAAUAUGAGAUUUCGUUGCCUUGGGAUGAUUUAAGUCAUUAUCCAUCUCCAGCAUAAAGUGAUGUCAUGUCAGUUUUUUUUUUUUUAUGUCAGAGUCAAGUAUAUCCCUGUACACUUAAGAAUUCCUCCUGAUACUUUUUUUUUUAUCAGCAGUCAGGUCAUCAAUAAACACCAGUGACUUGGUUCCAUCAGCAGCUAAACACACAUUUGUGGAAUAAUUCAGCCUCCACUGUGAUGUGAUGCUUUCAUCAGGAGCUGUUCCUUUCUCCUUCCGUCAUUCUGGUACAAGUUAAUCUUAGUUUCAUCUAAGGAAAUCUGCCAACGUCUAAUCUGGCCUAUCUGUUCUUGGGUGUUAUCAGCGGUUUGCACCUUGCUGUGUGUAUUUACUUCAUAAAGGCCAUCUUUUGACUGUAGACUGUCUGUAGACAAUGACACGCCUACCACCUCAAAAGUGUAAAAGCUAGACGUUGUGAACAUUUUUGUUCUUUACCCUGGAUGGAAUUCUGCAGUCAUUCCCUUUAGUUGUCUUCUGUGGUUCUCCAGGCCGUUUGUCAUUGUUGAGCUUGCCAGUUAUUUCCUUCUUUUGAGAAUGUUCGAGACUGUUGCAUGGGCCACACCCAAUGUUUUUGCCCAACAGUUUAUUUUGAUUGUUUCAUUUUAAAUACAAUGUGUGCAACGGCUAAGCAUAUUUUUCAUUCAAAAAUGUAUGCAUCUGAUUGUCAAAUCUUUUCUUACUUUAGCAGCAACAUGAAAACUGACAUUUUUUUAUCAUGAUCAUUUGGCCUUUAAAUGCAUCCCAAAUUAAUUGUGAUUGUGGUGAUUUUAAAGAUUAGCCUGUCCUCCAUGAGAGUAAUUGUGAAUUUCUAUUUUUUUAUUCAUGCACUUAUUAAAGAAAAUUGUAGUACUACAAACCAUAAUAACAGUGUUGUGUCCAUGUUAUUAGUUUCAUGUAUUAUGUACAAUAUUUAUGUAUUAUCUGUAUAAAAAUACCUGACUACAG